AUGAAAGAAGCAAUCGUCAACGCUGAUAUCUCAGUUACGGUCAAGGAUUCUCCCAUCCCCACCCCGGGGCCUGGCGAGCUCCUCAUCAAGGUUGUUGUCUCUGGCACCAACCCCAAGGAUUGGAAGGUUCCCCGAUGGCUCAACGUGGCCGCGAACAGUGGCGACGACGUUGCUGGGGUAGUUGAGACCGUCGGCUCUGAAGUCUACGAGUUCGCGAAAGGAGAUCGCGUGGCGGGCUUCCACGUCAUGCGUUCCGAGCAUGGCAGUUUCGCCGAGUAUGCCAUCGUCCCUGCCUUCUCGGCGUUCCACAUCCCCAAGAACGUGAGCUUCGAGGAAGCGGCAACGGUGCCGCUGGCAGCGUACACGGCUGCCACGGCACUAUUCCAUUCGCUCGAAGUGCCUUCGCCAUGGGAUCGGACGAGGGCAAAGAAGACACCACUCAUCAUUUAUGGUGUGAGCACGGCGAUCGGCGCGUUUGGCGUGAAGCUGGCCAAAAAAGCGGGCGUGUAUCCGCUUAUCGCCGUGGGCAGCAAGAACAGCGCGUUUGUCACGCCCCUGUUAGAGAAAGAGAAGGGAGACGUGUUCUUGGAUUAUACUCAGUUCGAAUCUCAGGAUAAGUUGGCGGAGAAGCUGAGGGAGGUCAUCAAGGAGACUGGGCAGCCUUGCUUUCGAGUCUUCGACACUGUCAGCGAGAACGGGUCAUUUGAGAUGCUCAGCAAGGCGAUCGCGGGGCCGCCCGAGGAGGGUACGGGCUUCAAGCCCAAAAUUACAACGGUGUUGCCCAGUAAGGACUACACCACAGUUGAUAAGAGCGUCGAGAUUGUUCUCACGAGUGUUGGACGCGUACACGAGGAGGAGGGAGAGGGACAAUUGUUUGGGCUCAUUUGGGCGAGGGCGUUCGCAGAUGGAUUGAGGACGGGAUGGAUGAAGGCGCAUCCAUUCGAAGUGGUAGAGGGCUUGCAGGGCGUUGAGCGCGCUCUGAAGGGGUUGGAGAAUGGAAGCGUCCGCGCAAAAAAGAUGGUCAUUCGGGUUGCGGAGGGAAAUUGA